AUGUCGAUAACCACCCCCGUCACCCAGCUGCUGGGCAUCCAGCACCCGAUCCUCCUGGCCGGCAUGGGCCAGACGUCUGGUGCGCCUCUCGCGGCCGCAGUGUCCAAUGCCGGCGGCCUCGGCGUGAUCGGUGGAGUUGGAUAUACGCCCAAGAUGCUGCAGGAGAUGAUUGAUGAGUUGAAAGCUGGUCUAAAGGACCCAUCACUCCCCUUUGGCGUCGACCUGUUGAUCCCUCAAGUCGGCGGCAAUGCGCGCAAGACCAAUCUGGACUACACAAAAGGUACCCUCGACGAACUCGUCGACAUCAUCAUCGCCGGCGGCGCCAAACUCUUCGUCUCCGCCGUGGGCGUCGCGCCCAGACAUGUCGUCGACAAACUCCACAAGAACGGCGUGCUUUACAUGAACAUGAUCGGACACCCAAAACAUGUCCAUAAGGCGUGUCAAGCUGGUGCCGACAUUAUCUGUGCCCAGGGAGGCGAAGCCGGUGGACACACGGGCGAUACUGCGACGAGUGUCUUGAUCCCCGCCUGUGCAGAUCUGGUCAAGAAAUACACCUCCCCACUCACAGGCAAACCCGUCCAACUCGUCGCCGCCGGCGGCAUCUACGACGGCCGCGGCAUCGCAGCCGCCCUGAUGCUCGGCGCCUCUGCGGUCUGGGUGGGCACACGAUUCGUGACGGCCAAAGAAUCCGGUGCGCCCGAGGCGGCCAAGCGAGCCAUCAUCGCCGCCGACUUUGACAGCACCAUCAAGUCCACCAUCUGGACGGGGCGGCCCUUGCGCGCUCUGGCCACGCCCUACGUGCGGAACUGGGAGACGAACCGGCGAGACGAGAUCCAGCAACUGCAAAGUAAAGGCAUCAUUGCGCUGCACCACGAGAUGGAACAUUUGGAGAAGAUCGGAGGCAUCACCGAGGAGAUUGAGGAUCAGUCAACGCUCAGACCCAUGGGCCAGGUCGCUGGUCUCGUCAACACGCCGAACCAGACUGCAGCUGAGAUCGUGGCGGAGAUGAUGGAUGGCGCGGUCAAGGUGCUGAACAGCGCUGCAGGAUAUUUGAGGCCGAGUGCCAAACUCUGA